UUCUGCACUGCGCAUUGAAUCUUAAAAACGGGACUUAGCCGAGGGCCUAGCUAGGUCUUUAUUUCUAAAAAAAUAAGGCAUCAUGGAUCUCACGGAUCUCUAUGGCAAUCCAGUCGAUUUCACGAAGCUAAGAGAUAAUACAGAAUUUAUGCGAUUCAAGAAUUUUGUAGAUUUACCAGCUACAAAUGGUCUGUAUAAUACCGUGAGAAUGACUGGAGGCAUGGGUACCUAUGGAGUGUUAAUUGGUAUCUGGACACUUGGUUUGAAACGUCCAAAAACUGCAAAAGUUGCUCUUCAGCGAGUGGCAACGACUUCUGCUUCUUGUGCUGCCCUUGGAGCUGUAUUUGCAGCAUCUACAUCAGUAGCUGCAGGAAUCCGUGGCAAAGAUACUCCCUUGAACUAUGCCAUUGGUGGCGCCUCAGCUGGUUUUGUAACCGGAAUCUUAUUUAGAAGUUUCGCAGUAGGGAAUGGAAUGGCUGCUGUGUUUGCUGGUUCAGCCGCACUUGCCAAGCAUUGGAUUAUGGAAGGCUAUCCAGUUGGCUAUGAAAAGCCACAGUUUUGACAAAAAAAUAUAUAGAGUAUAUGACAUGAAUUGCUGUGUUUUGCAUGUCAACAGUAUUUGGGAUUUUAUAAUUCAAGCCAGGAAGUAAUAUAACAUUGGAAAGUUAGUUGGAAGGAUAAUUUACAAUAAUAAAUUUUCAGUUGUCAUCAAGAGAAAGCAAAGCUGCAAGACAUUAUUGUCCAGAAUUGGCCAACCACUCAUCAUAUUUUAACAUUUCUCUGGACUUCACCACUUACAAUGAAAGUUCUGCUGAAUGUUAUAAUAGAAAUGGAAUAUAGUAAAUGAUUUCAGUAUUUAGUGGCCAUGAUUUGUAAAUAAAAUUUGUCACAAUACUGUGCUGGAUAUAUGUUUAUGGAGAAAAAUGUUGGUUUUUAUUGUUAAGAAUGGUUUGGAGGGGACAUUUUUAUUUUUUUGCGCAUAACAUGUAUACUCUAAACUAAAACACAUAAUUACCAUCAGAAUGUCUUAUUGUAAGAUCAUAAAGACUACUGAUCCUGACUAGAGAAGAAAAUUAAUAGAAUGUGUUGAGAAUGA